AUGAGAAUUGUAGCCUUUGGAGAUAAAAAUACCCACAGGCAGCCGACUGACUUCAAAAGUGUUCAACUUAAUAUUAAAGGCCAAUACAGCGGAAAAACAAAGACGAUUACAGCUAUCGUUGUGCCUAAAAUUUGUAUUGAUGUUUUACCGGUACCGAAAAUAAGAAGUGAAAAACUGAAAUAUUUAAAACUUGAAUUAGCUGAUACUAACAUAAGUGGUGAAAAUCUUGUUGAUGGUAUUAACUUAUUAAUCGGUCAAGACCACUUUUGGCAAUUUACUACGACCGAAAGCAAGCGUAUAUCUGAAAGGUUAGUUGCGGUUAAAACACUGUUUGGUUGGACAAUACAAGGAUGUAGUAGUAACUUAGCUGUAGACAGUUGUGUACUAAAUAUAUCCGAUAGCGUGGGCCAUGCGUUCGAUAUCUCUAAUUUUUGGAGACUAGAAUCGGUCGGUAUUACAAAUUUCCAAUCUAAUGAAGACCAAUCUGUUGUUGGAAAAAUCCGAUUAAGCAUAAAUCGAACUAACGGGCGCUACGUAGUCAAUCUGCCAUGGCGUAUUGGCAGCGGCGCAUUAGCCGACAAUAAGCAAGUUGCUCUCUCUCGUCUUCGUAGCUUAACGACGGGCCUGCUAAAACAUAGCGACAAACUUUACGAGUAUGAUGCAGGAAUUAGAGAGCUGUUACAGAACGGAUUCGCUGAAGCUGUUGACGGCACAACUUCUAAUGGAAAGAUCUACUACAUGCCGCAUAGACCAGUGUAUCGAGAAGAAAAAAUUACGACGAAAAUGCGAAUAGUAUUUGAUGCCUCGUCAAGUGAAGUCGGACUUUCUUCUCUAAACGAGCAUCUUAGUGUAGGCGACAAUUUGGUGGCGAAUUUGUUGUCUACCCUGAUAAAGUUUCGCUCGAACCCUAUAGCUUUAACAGCGGAUAUCGAGAAAGCGUUUCUGCAAAUCUCACUAGCCGAAAGUGACCGUGAUUGCCAUCGGUUUUUUUGGUAUGAGUCAACUCCUAAAGUCAAUAGCGUGUUACCAUCAAUAACCGAAUAUCGAAUGGCCCGAGUUACCUUCGGCGUAGCUUCAAGUCCCUUCCUACUAGCAGCAACGAUACAGACGCAUAUAGAGAGCUGUAGAGAUCAAUAUGGCGUGAUCUGCGACAAGCUAAAAGCUUCGUUUUAUGUUGACGAUCUGGUACUUAGCCUGCCAAACCGUAAAUCGGCUGACGACCUUUUUCAAAUGGCGAAUAGCAUAAUGGGCGCUGCCAAUUUCAACUUGCGUAAGUGGAAUACCAACGACAUUUUACUAAAGGCCUCUUUUCCAGUUGCAAAGCGUGACGAGUGUACGAAGCCUAAGGUGUUGGGCAUAAAUUGGUGCACAAUCGCGGAUGAGCUCAGCGUCGAAUUGGCAGGAAUUGUUGAAUAUUUACGAUCGUUAAGAGGCACCAAACGGAAU